GCAGGCGCGAGCGCGGGAACCGGGAGCUGAGCUUGAAUUGACACCGAGCUGUUCAUCUUCCGGUGCUGCUGAGCGGGGCGCGCGCUCUCAACUUUUCCCAGGAUGAAGGUUAUCACUUGUGAAAUUGCAUGGCACAAUAAAGAGCCAGUGUACAGCUUAGACUUCCAGCAUGGAACUGAUGGAAAAAUCAAUAGACUAGCCUCUGCUGGAGUGGACACUACUGUUCGUAUAUGGAAGGUAGAAAAAGGACCAGAUGGGAAAGCAAUUGUGGAAUUCUUAUCCAAUUUAGCCCGCCAUACCAAAGCUGUGAAUGUUGUGCGUUUUGCUCCCAACGGCGAGAUUCUAGCAUCUGGCGGAGACGAUGCUGCAAUUUUGUUGUGGAAACUGAAUGACAACAAAGAGUUAGAGCAAAAUGCUUUUCAGGAUAAUGAUGAUGAUAAUCAGCUGAACAAAGAAAACUGGACCGUCAUUAAAACUCUCAGGGGUCACUUAGAAGAUGUGUAUGAUAUUUGCUGGACUCCUGAUGGAAACUACAUGGCAUCCGCAUCAGUGGACAACACAGCUAUAAUGUGGGAUGUCAAUAAAGGUCAAAAGGUUUCCAUUUUUAAUGAGCACAAAAGUUAUGUGCAAGGAGUAACAUGGGACCCUGUGGGGCAGUAUAUUGCAACUCUUAGUUGUGAUAGGGUACUCAGAGUAUAUAACACACAGAGCAAGCGGGUAGCUUUUAAUGUUACCAAAAUGCCAUCAGGUGGAGGAACUGAAGGAGAGGUGAAAAGUUAUAGAAUGUUCCAUGAUGACAGCAUGAAAUCAUUUUUCCGGAGACUGACUUUUACUCCUGAUGGCUCCCUGCUCCUUGUUCCUGCAGGUUGUGUGGAAUCCGGAGAAAAUGUAACAAACACUACUUACGUUUUUUCCAGAACAAACCUAAAAAGGCCUAUAGCUCAUCUCCCUUGCCCUGGGAAGGCAACCUUAGCCGUUCGUUGCUGCCCAGUCUACUUUGAGCUGAGGCCUGCAGUUAACAAAGAGGAAUCUUCCCAGAAGACUAGCCUAAUAACGCUUCCCUAUCGGUUGGUUUUUGCUGUUGCUUCAGAAGAUUCGGUGCUUUUCUAUGAUACACAGCAAUCCUUUCCUUUUGGUUAUGUAUCUAACAUACAUUAUCAUACUCUCAGUGACAUUUCAUGGUCCAACGAUGGCUCUUUCCUUGCUAUUUCGUCUACGGAUGGCUACUGUUCCUUUGUGACUUUUGAAGAGGGUGAACUUGGAAUACCCCUGAAAGAAAAGCCACUUAUCAGUGUCAGGACUCCUAACACAACUGAGAAGAAAGUGAAAAGGGGCCAGUCUCCCAGUGUUGUCUCCCCACCAGCCAAAGCAGUGGACACUUCUCCUCCUAGUAGGGCUGUGGACUCCGGUAGUCCGGCUGUGCAAUGCAAAACCUCAGUGAACAACAGUGACUUACCCUCAACACCAGUUAUAGUUAGAAAUGUUGCAGUGUCUUCUCCAGAAAAGAAGAAACCCAUACAUCCAUCAAGCCACACUUCCAAAGUAAAUCAAUCAAGAAGGGUUACACUUAAUCCCAUACAAGCUUGGAGUAAAACACCACGGAGAGUUGCUUUGAUUCCUCUAAAGGCAGGUAGUCUGGACUCAGCACCUUUGAAUGCAGUACCUUUGGCUUCUUCUACAGAAACAGUUCAACAUGAGAGACCCUCACCACCUGAAGACCCUUUGCAAAAUUCACCAGCACCUAAGCGUUUCAGGACUGAUGACGCUCCUGUCUUUGAAUUAUCUGAAAAUGACAAUAAAGUAUGAAACCACUGAAAUGCUGGAGGGUUAUAGAAGCUUUGCCUACAACAGUUCACUUGCAAAAUCCUUUGCCUGGAUGUUAAUACAUUUUCCAAAAUGACAUCUGAAACAGUUGUUGCUGCACAGAGCCAUAUCUGCAUAGAAAACUGCUGUGUGACGGGAAAGUAAUUGUAUUGUCCUUGCAUUCAAAGCAAAAUGCAUUCUAUUUGAUGUUCCAUUGAAAGUUUGUAGAGUACAUGUGUGUCUCAGUUCAAGAACUGUUUGACUGGUUUUCCAUGGGGUUUGUAUCUAGAGGAGAACAACCUUCUUUUUAGAGGAAUAAUACCUCACAUGAUUUAGUUAUUUUUUGCAAAACCGCAGAAGUUUAUAAAUUAUUCCAUUAUAUAUUGCAGAAAUAAGAAAAUUCAAGCCUCUCACCUGUAUGCAAAUCAAAUUCAAAGGUACAUAGAUCAGGCAAAUCUUCAGCUGGUGAAUACAGCAAUUCAAAUACAUACCUGUCUUCAUUUCUCAUUGUGUAUGGUGUAAAUAUAAAUUCUCGCACUUCCAACUUUGUGUAAUGUAUGCUUCAAUUUUUAAAAAUAUGUUAUGGUGUUAAAAAUAUGGAAGCUUUCAUCAUUCACAAAAGUUUUAUGUUAGUAAAAAUAAUGUGUUAUACAUGUAGUAUAUAGAAUAAAAAGUUCAAUACAUAUACUGA